AUGGACAAAGCUCCCCUAAGCCCAUUGGAAGGAUGUGUGUGGCCAACGUCACAUGGCUGAUAUACCAGUCCAGUCCUUGGCCAGUGUGAAAGGCAAGCGUGUAACCAUUGCUUGUGGGUGUGUGCGUGGGUGUGUGCAUGUAUGUAUGUGUGUUUGUACUUGUGUGUGUUGUAGGAGCGGUUCCAGGUGAAGAACCCUCCUCACACCUACAUCCAGAAGCUGAGAGGAUUCCUUGACCCAGCCGUCACACGCAAGGUGAGUGACAACCACGUCACCAUGGUAGCAGAACUAGUAAUAUCAUAGAAACAAGAUGGUAACACACCCUGUAACAUUUGUCCCUCAACCUGACACAGUAGGGUAGAUACAAUUUAGAAUUCCAGAAUUUCCCAAACCAGCAGACUAUACCAGAAUAACCGUAACCCUACUGUUGUCAGAAAUUCCGUCGGAGAGUCCAGGAGUCGACUCAGGUGCUCAGAGAGCUGGAGAUCUCACUACGGACCAAUCACAUCGGGUGAGUCACAGGCCGCAGCCAAUCACUUGCAAAGAGUCCUGGAUCAAAAUGAAUCUGAACCGAAUCAGAGUCACGCUGACGUUCACUCAGUUCCAAACCAUUCUGACUCCGAGACAGGGUUUAGCUGGCUAGUGGUUUUAGUGAUUCUGACUCCGAGACAGGGUUUAGCUGGCUAGUGGUUUUAGUGAUUCUGACUCCGAGACAGGGUUUAGCUGGCUAGUGGUUUUAGUGAUUCUGACUCCGAGACAGGGUUUAGCUGGCUAGGGGUUUUAGUGAUUCUGACUCCGAGACAGGGUUUAGCUGGCUAGUGGUUUUAGUGAUUCUGACUCCGAGACAGGGUUUAGCUGGCUAGUGGUUUUAGUGAUUCUGACUCCGAGACAGGGUUUAGCUGGCUAGGGUUUUAGUGAUUCUGACUCCGAGACAGGGUUUAGCUGGCUAGUGGUUUUAGUGAUUCUGACUCCGAGACAGGGUUUAGCUGGCUGGGGGUUUUAGUGAUUCUGACUCCGAGACAGGGUUUAGCUGGCUAGUGGUUUUAGUGAUUCUGACUCCGAGACAGGGUUUAGCUGGCUAGUGGUUUUAGUGAUUCUGACUCCGAGACAGGGUUUAGCUGGCUAGUGGUUUUAGUGAUUCUGACUCCGAGACAGGGUUUAGCUGGCUAGUGGUUUUAGUGAUUCUGACUCCGAGACAGGGUUUAGCUGGCUAGUGGUUUUAGUGAUUCUGACUCCGAGACAGGGUUUAGCUGGCUAGGGUUUUAGUGAUUCUGACUCCGAGACAGGGUUUAGCUGGGCUAGUGGUUUUAGUGAUUCUGACUCCGAGACAGGGUUUAGCUGGCUAGUGGUUUUAGUGAUUCUGACUCCGAGACAGGGUUUAGCUGGCUAGUGGUUUUAGUGAUUCUGACUCCGAGACAGGGUUUAGCUGGCUAGUGGUUUUUAGUGAUUCUGACUCCGAGACAGGGUUAGCUGGCUAGUGGUUUUUAGUGAUUCUGACUCCGAGACAGGGUUUAGCUGGCUAGGUUUUAGUGAUUCUGACUCCGAGACAGGGUUUAGCUGGCUAGUGGUUUAGUGAUUCUGACUCCGAGACAGGGUUUAGCUGGCUAGUGGUUUUAGUGAUUGUUGAUUGGCUAGCAGUUCUGCUGAUUGUUUGUAUAGCUAGAUAUUUAACAGUUAAUUAUUUCUAUGACAAUAUAUUAUAAUAACAUGAUAAUAAAUGGUAAUAUACUGUUCCUCUGUCUCCAGGUGGGUGAGGGAGUUUCUCAAUGAGGAGAAUCAGGGUCUGGAUGUCCUAGUAGAGUACCUCUCCUUCGCUCAAUACGCAGUCACGUGAGUGUGUGUGACUGUGUGUGUGAGUGACUGUGUGUGUGUGUGUGCAUAUCACUUUUUCCCUAUGCGUGUGUUCUGUUGAGUCACAUGUGUAUGUGUGUGUGUGUGCGCAUGCGUGUGUCUGUGUGUGUGCGUGACUGUGUGUGUGAGUAGGUUUGAUGGGGAGGUAUCUGAGGCCAGUACUGAGGAGAGAGCUGUAGAUUCCCCCUGGAGUCGUUCUAUAGAAGAUCUCCACGGAGACAGCAACCUGCCCUCCCCCUCCAGUGGCAACAACAUACCGCGCUCCGCACGCCACUCUAUCGGGUAACACACACACACAUUUACUGCCAAUCAUCAGAAACAAAAACACACACACAACUUCCAUGGGUUAAUUCUGUGUUUACUGUAUGUUGACUGAGUUGUUUAGUUCAGCGUUGGUGUCCAGGUCUAACACACUGCCCAGUAGGAAGACACUGAAGAACUCCCGACUGGUGUGUAAGAAGGACGACGUGCACGUGUGUGUGAUGUGUCUCAGAGCCAUCAUGAACUACCAGGUGAACUAUCUCUGUCUCGCUGACUCUCUGCACCCUCGCACUCGCGCUCAUCUCUUAGCCUUAGAUCGCCUUGAAAAACCCCCGAGCUCUUCUCUUUUAACCCUUCCUACUCCUCUGUUGUAAACCCCUCCUAUCUCUCUUUUAAACCCUCCGAUAAAACCCUCCGAUCUCUCGCUUCUUAACCCCCUUUCUACUCUCUCUUUAACCCCUCCUACCUCUCCUCGGAACCCACCCCCCGAUCUCUCUUUUAACCCCUCCUAUCUCUAUCUUUUAACCCCUCCUAUCCCUCUCUUUCCUUCUCUUUCUCUCUUCCUAGUACCACCUCUUCUUCCCCUCGUCCUCUUGAGUAUUUGUUCAUCAGCGUCAUUAUUUGCAUUUUUUCUCUCUGUCUGUAGUAUGGCUUUAACAUGGUAAUGUCCCAUCCUCAUGCUGUGAAUGAGAUCGCUCUGAGCCUCAACAACAGAAACCCAAGGUCAGUAGACAGUACACACCUCUCUCUGUGUCUGCCCUAGGAAGGAAGAAACCUUCAGAGCAGUGGUUCCCAACCAGGGGUACUAGGACCCCUUGGGGUACUUGGUCUAUCCACGGGGGGUACUUGAGAAGACUCAUGAGACUAAAGGCCUACUGGUAAAAUUCAUAGGUACUCUGGGCAGAGCAACAUUCAGUUGGUGGUACAGUAACCGAAAAAGGUUGGGAACCACUGCUUUAGAGGGAACCAGACCUUGUAUUUUGGCCAGGACUCCCUUGUAACAGAGAAGGGUAACUAGAUAGAACCUCUGAAGUCCAUCUAAAUACUCUCUCUCUCUCUCUCUCUCUCUCUCUCUCUCGCUCUGUCUCCCCCUCUCUCUCUGUCUCUAUCUCCUUUCAAUUUCAAUUCAAUUUCAAUUUUAAGGGGCUUUAUUGGCAUGGGAAACUUAUGUUAACAUUGCCAAAGUAAGUGAAGUAGAUAGUAAAACAAAAGUGAAAUAAACAUAAAAAUUAACAGUAAAACAUUACAAUCACAAAAGUUCCAAAAGAAUAAAGACAUUUCAAACGUAUUAUGUUAUGUAAUAUAUAAAUUUCAGUGUUGUAAAAUGUGCAAAAAAGUUAAAGUACAAAUGGAAAAUUAAAUCAACUAAAAAUAGGUUUUUGGGUUUACAAUGGUUGUUGUUCUUCCUGGGUUUCCUUUCUGUGGCAAAGGGGAAAAAAUAUGACAUAUAGAUAUCUAUAUAUAUAUAUAUAUCAUAUUACUUUAUAUAUGAUAUCUAAUGUAUUUUCUACUACCUUUCUCUAUCUCUAGUCUUUUAUUUUCUCUUUCUUCUUAUUAAUAGUAUUUAUAUUAUCUGGCGUUUUUUCUAUAUAUAUAUAAUUUCUCUUCUUUUUCUAUUGUUCUUCUAUUUUUUAUCUUAUCUUCUCUUCUUCUUUUUCUCUCGCUCUUGUUCUCUCCUAUCCUUUUAUCUCUCUCUUUUUCUGCUUUUUUCUCUCUCUCUCUCUCUCUCUUCUCUCUCUCUCUCCUCUCUCUCUCUCUCUCUCUCUCUCCAGGACUAAGGCUCUGGUAUUGGAGCUGUUGGCGGCUGUGUGUUUGGUCAGAGGAGGUCAUGAGAUAAUCCUGUCUGCUUUCGACAACUUUAAAACAGUAAGUUGUGUGUCUGUGGGUAUGUGUGUGUGUGUGUGUGUGUAAGUGUGUCUGGCUACACUGGAUUGAUUGCUGAUGGUGUUUCUCAGCCUUUUCCAAUCUCCCCCUCGUUAUGUCAGGUGUGCUCUGAGACCCUGAGGUUUGAGAAGCUGAUGGAGCAUUUAAGAACGAGGAUGACAACAUUGACUUUAUGGUAUGACUCUCAUCCCUCUCCACUCCACACUCACACUCUCUUACUCUCACACUCUCGCUCUCACUCUUUCACACUCUCUCACACUCACUCUCUCUCACUCUCUCACGCUCACACUCACACUCUCUCUCACACUCUCUCUCUCUCUCUCACUCUCUCACUCUCUCACACUUUCACUCUCACACACUCACACUCUCACAGACUCACACUCUCACAGACUCACAGUCUCACAGUCUCACACACUCACACGCUCACACUCUCACCACACUCACACUCUCACACACUCACACUCUCACACACUCCCACACAGGCGUGGAUGAUGCCUGCUGAUGCUUAGCCUUGAUUGUGGUGGCUGCAAUGUCAGAUAUGUGUGUAUCUUAGAUGUGUGUGAGAGUAUUCAGAAGUGUGUGUUGUCCUCUGUCUGUGCAGGUGGCCUGUAUGCAGUUUAUAAACAUUGUGGUACAUUCUGUUGAGGACAUGAACUUCAGAGUGCAUCUUCAGUAUGACUUUACCAAACUCAAUCUGGACGAUUACCUAGAGGUGAGAACACACACAGACACACACAGACACACAGACACACACACACACACACUGAAUGAACACAUUCUCCUCUCCCCCUUCCAGAGGUUGAAGCACACAGAGAGUGAUCGGCUGCAGGUCCAAAUCCAGGCUUACCUGGACAAUGUGUUUGACGUGGGGACGCUGCUGGAGGACGCAGAGACCAAGACCGCCGCGCUGGAGAGGGUAGAGGAGCUGGAGGAGAAUAUGACCCACGUAAGGACACACACAGUCGGACCGACUCUGACACAUACAGUGGUGGCUGGUGGCACUUUAAAUCGGAGGACAGGCUCAUGGUAAUGGCUGGAACAGAAUGAAAUCAUGUGUUUGAUACCAUAUAAUUCCAUUAAUUCCGUUCCAGCCAUUAUUAUGAGCCGUCCUGCCAUCACCAGCCUCCUCUGACACACGCACACACGUGCAGGCACACGUACAUACACACACACGCACACACACAUACAGACUGCUGAGGAGACGUUUAUGUUUCCUUGCAGAUGACGGAGAGGCUCCUGGACACAGAGAACGAGGCCAUGGCCAAGAUAGUGGAGCUGGAGAAACAGCUGAUGCAAACCCACAAGGAGCUGGACACCAUACGGGUGAGGGAGAUGCUAGGCUAGGCUAUCGCUAGCAACGGGGCAUUGAACACUCAGCCAUUUUGUUACGUUACAGCCUUAUUCUAAAAUUGAUUUAAUUGUUUUUUCCUCAUCAAUCUACACACAAUACCCCAUAAUGACAAAGCAAAAACAGGUUUUUAGACAUUUUAAAUGUAUUAAACAUAAAAAACGGAAAUAUAACAUUUCCAUAAGUAUUCAGACCCUUUACUCAGUACUUUGUUGAAACACCUUUGGCAGCGGUUACAGCCUUGAGUCUUCUUGAGUAUGACGCUACAAGCUUGGCACACCUGUAUUUGGGGAGUUUCUCUCAUUCUUCUCUGCAGAUCCUCUCAAGCUCUGUCAGGUUGGAUGGGGAGCGUCGCUGCACAGCUAUUUUCAGGUCUCUCCAGAGAUGUUGGAUCGGGUUCAAGUCCGGGCUCUGGCUGGGCCACUGAAGGACAUUCAGAGACUUGUCCUGAUGCCACAUGGAUGUGUGCUUAGGGUCGUUGUCCUGUUGGAAGGUGAACCUUUGCCCCAGUCUGAGGUCCUGAGCGCUCUGGAGCAGGUUUUCAUCAAGGAUCUCUCUGUACUUUGCUCCGUUCAUCUUUGCCUCGAUCCUGACUAGUCUCCCAGUCCCUGCCGCUGAAAAACAUCCCCACAGCAUGAUGCUGCCACCACCAUGCUUCACCGUAGGGAUGGUGCCAGGUUUCCUCCAGACGUGACGCUUGCCAUUCAGGCCAAAGAGUUCAAUCUUGGUUUCAUCAGACCAGAGAAUCUUGUUUCUCAUGGUCUGAGUGUCUUUAGGUGCCUUUUGGCAAACUCCAAGUGGGCUGUCAUGUGCCUUUUACUGAGGAGUGGCUUCCAUCUGGCCACUCUACCAUAAAGGCCUGAUUGGUGGAGUGCUGCAGAGAUGGUUGUCCUUCUGGAAGGUUCUCCCAUAUCCACAGAGGAACUCUGGAGCUCUGUCAGAGUGACCAUCUGGUUCUUGGUCACCUCCCUGACCAAGGCCCUUCUCCCCCGAUUGCUCAGUUUGGCGGGGCAGCCAGCUCUAGGACGAGUCUUGGUGGUUCCAAACUUCUUCCAUUUAAGAAUGACGGAGGCCACUGUGUUCUUGGGGACCUUCAAUUCUGCAGACAUUUUUUGGUACCCUUCUCCAGAUCUGUGCCUCGACACAAUCCUGUCUCGGAGCUAUACAGACAAUUCCUUCGACCUCAUGGCUUGGUUUUUGCACUGUCAACUCUGGGACCUUAUAUAGACAGGUGUGUGCCUUUCCAAAUCAUGUCCAAUCAAUUGAAUUUACCCUACAGGUGGACUCCAAUCAAGUUGGAGAGCAAAGGGUCUGAAUACUUAUGUAAAUAAGGUUUUAAGGUUUAAUACAUUUGCAAACAUUUCUAAUAGCCUUUUUUCGCAUUGUCAUUAUGGGGUAUUGUGUGUAGAUUGAUGAUGAUUUGUAUUUAUUUAAUCAAUUUUAGAAUAAGGCUGUAACGUAACAAAAUGUGGAAAAAGGGAAGGGGUCUGAAUACUUUCCCAAUGCCCUGUAUAUGCUCAAGCUAGGCUAACUCUCUCCUAUUCCAGGAUGUGUACACUAGCACUAACAACCAGGUGCACACCCUGCGGAGGAUCGUGCGUGAGAAGGACCAGACCAUCCGCAGGCAGAGUCGACUGGAGCGCCAGGCUCAGGAGGGUGGAGGGGGCACCUUGGUGGUACAGGGAGGGGGCACCUUACACCCCGCGAGGGGCGAGGGGGACGGAGGGGUGGGGGAUUUUUCCUCCCCUUCUCUGACCCUCGGCAUGACCCUCUCCACCAGCCCAGAGACAGUGGGCUAUGGCUUACCAGGGGUGGGACUAGGGAUGAUGCCAGCCCCUCCCCCUCCCCCACCACCUCCACCAAUGCCAGGGAUG